GUUAAGGGUAACGCCCCAAUAUUACAGGCCUAUACCGUAUGACAGCAAAGAGUGUUUUACUCCUUGGGGAAUAAAUUCAUCAUUUUGAAACUAGUCUCUAUCACUGCAUCACGAUGCGGACACUCGCUGUCUUCAUCCUCUUCACUUUAGCCGCGUACUCCUCCGCCCAGGUCAUAGGUUUCGGCGGAUGCCCCGACAUCGCACCGGUCGACGGAUUCAACUUCACCCGCUACGCGGGGCGGUGGUACGAAAUUGCUCGUUUCUACUAUGCAAGCGUAGACGGGGUAGAGGGUAUCCGAUGUCAGUCGGUCAAUUACACCUUGGGAGAUCAGUAUCUUUACGCCAAUAACUCCGGAUUCGCCAAUGGGAGAGCCUUCUCGUUCAAGAUCCCGAUUAGAAGGCCGACUGAAAACUUAGGAAAGCUAUACUACGAAAAUGAAAACGGGCCUGGAGAAUUAUCUGUGGCUUUCGUGGACUACGACAAGUACGUCAUGCUCCACGGAUGCACCGAGUACCUCUGGGGCUUCAUCAACGUCCAGAUCAACUUUAUUCUCGCCCGUCAACGCAGAAUGUCCGAGGAGGACUUCGAUGACGCUCUCCGGUUCCUGACCUCGAGGGGCGUCAAUGUACGGAAGUUUAUAGGGUCUGAUCAGCAAGAUUGUCCGUUCUAGGGAAACUAUAGCCCCGGGAGGGAUGACGACGACGACGACGAUUAUGAUAAACGAGAUGAUGAUGAAGAAGGAUAUUUCUAAUUGAUAAGAAUGAAAAAUAAUUAAAAUUCGUUCUCUUUUUCUUCUACCCCAGAUCUUCCAAUUAAGGCUCCAAUAGUAAUGACGACAAUGUGCAUUGUCAAUAGCGAGUUUUCGUAAUUGCAACGGGAUGGAUCUAAAACAGAGUAUAUCUACACUCUAAAAAACGAACAGCUACCAAGAGCUAAUUUAGCUCUUACAGAGCGUGAU